UACUCAGUAGGAGGCGUUGGCUUAGCUCAUUAAAACAAAAACCUUCCCCUUUCCUUUUCCUUCGAUACAAACAAAGCCAAUCCAAAAAGCCUCCCUCCCUCGCUAUUUCCGCCAAUUCUAUCGGCGAUUUCUCCAAUCUCCUUCUCACUAGCUCGCACACUCCCUCGCCUUUUAAACCCAAGCAUCUCUCUCUCUCUCUCUUGGUAAAACACACAAUCUUUCUCUCUAAAAAUGGCGCAAGUAGUGGCUACCACCAGAUCGAUUCACAGUUCUAUCCUAUCAUCUCCUUCCUCUGGAUCCUUACAAGACCGAGUUGAUAAGCUACUCAAACCUUCCACUUUCUCUUCGAAAUUUCUUUCAAGUCAUGACAAGAAGAAAAUUAUCAGCAGCGUUUCUUCUCAUAGGAACACUCAUAUUGUGGCGGCGGCUGUUAAGAGAUCCGCCGAACCUGAAGUCAUUCCUGUCUCACCCGAGGAUGUACCAAAGAGGGAGGAGCAAUUUGUGCAAUUAGAGCAACUAGGUGACACGACAGCAGCUGUUGGAAUGUGGACGAAGCCUAUUGUUAGGAGAAAGACGAAGAUUGUAUGUACUAUUGGACCGUCAACUAACACGAAGGAGAUGAUAUGGAAGUUGGCUGAAGCGGGAAUGAAUGUUGCUAGAAUGAAUAUGUCACAUGGAGACCAUGCUUCUCAUCAGAAAGUCAUUGAUUUGGUUAAAGAGUAUAAUGCACAGGCGAAAGAUAAUGUCAUUGCCAUCAUGCUUGAUACCAAGGGUCCUGAAGUUAGGAGUGGUGACUUGCCUCAGCCUAUCAUGCUAUCACCUGGACAGGAAUUCACUUUUACGAUUCGUAGGGGUGUUGGAACAUCUGAUUGUGUUAGUGUGAACUAUGAUGAUUUUGUUAGUGAUGUAGAAGCAGGCGACAUGCUUCUUGUUGAUGGCGGUAUGAUGUCACUUCUGGUGAAGUCCAAAACAGAGGAUUCAGUGAAAUGUGAAGUUGUUGAUGGAGGAGAGCUUAAGUCCAGGCGUCAUCUAAAUGUUCGAGGAAAAAGCGCGACAUUGCCUUCCAUCACUGACAAGGAUUGGGAUGAUAUAAAAUUCGGAGUGGAGAACAAAGUUGACUUCUAUGCUGUUUCCUUUGUUAAAGAUGCACAAGUGGUUCAUGAAUUGAAGAAUUAUCUACAAAGCUGUGGUGCAGAUAUACAUGUGAUUGUAAAAAUUGAAAGUGCAGAUUCUAUACCAAAUUUGCAUUCGAUAAUCACAGCAUCUGAUGGGGCUAUGGUUGCAAGAGGAGAUCUUGGUGCAGAGCUCCCUAUUGAGGAGGUUCCCCUGCUGCAGGAAGAGAUAAUCAGGCUGUGCCGGAGCAUGGGAAAAGCUGUUAUUGUGGCAACGAAUAUGCUGGAAAGCAUGAUUGUUCAUCCAACUCCUACCAGAGCAGAGGUAUCAGACAUUGCCAUUGCUGUUCGUGAGGGUGCUGAUGCAGUCAUGCUUUCUGGAGAAACUGCACAUGGAAAAUUCCCACUGAAAGCUGUUAAAGUUAUGCACACAGUCUCCUUGCGAACUGAAGCAACCAUAGCUGGUGGUGAAAUGCCAUCUAAUCUUGGUCAAGCAUUCAAGAACCAUACGAGUGAGAUGUUUGCAUACCAUGCAACCAUGAUGUCAAACACUCUUGGAACCUCAAUUGUUGUCUUCACAAGAACUGGCUUCAUGUCUAUAUUACUGAGCCAUUAUCGACCUUCAGGCACUGUUUUUGCAUUCACAAAUGAGAAGAGGAUACAACAGAGACUGGCUUUGUAUCAAGGAGUGUGUCCCAUAUACAUGCAGUUUUCAGAUGAUGCUGAAGAAACCUUUGCAAAUGCCUUGUCAGUGCUCAAGAAUCAAGGGAUGGUAAAGGAAGGAGAAGAGGUCGCACUUGUUCAAAGUGGAAGACAACCAAUCUGGCGGUUCCAAUCUACCCAUAAUAUUCAGGUCCGCAAAGUAUAAACACCAAGAUAGAUUGCAAAACUGAUUAAUUAGUCCCACAUACGAGGACAAUUCGUCUAGUUUGAGUUUUUUUGCAUGUUAUCUAGGCCUUUAUUGCGUAAUUCCAUGUUCUUGACUGGAUGUUCUCUGUACUCUUUAUCUUUAAGUUCCCAGCAUGUCUUGUAUAAUGGUUCGAAACUAGUGUUUGUUGAAUGAAAAGCUUUCUUUGGUAUUGUAGUA